AUGUGUUGUAUCUUCACCUGCUGCGGUUGGAUGGUAGAUCUCAUCCAGAGAUUAUGGGUGUUCCUGAUGUCCUGCUGCAUCAGUACGGCAGUGGGCUGCGUGAUGGUAACCUCAUCGAUGUCAGGGAUCGCUCUGGGAUACAAUUACUCUCUGGCUGAGUACAUCGAAUUGAAAGAGACGAACGUUUCCAUCUACUUGAAGAGAGGUAUCUUUGAUGAUGAGGUGGGAGACGACAUGGAAUGGAGACGAAGCGGACAUCACUCACGCAAGGGUCACCUGUCGGAUGAGAAUCUAAGGACUGGAGCUCCAGUAGACGAUGAAACUACCUCGAUAAGGUCUGGUCGGAGAUUGGACGACUCCGUGUUUGAAGCUGAUGACCAGCACAAAUUUGAGGGGUCCUUGAUGAAGCUCACAGCUCGACCAGUCCACUUGGACACCCCAAAGCCUCGAAUCACUGAGGAUUUCGAGAUGUCUGAUAUCGAUAAAAAAUAUCCACAAGGUUCCAUUGAUCACUUGAAAGCGAUACAGUCUCUGAUCGACUCCAGGAGACGUAUGGCUGCUGGCGGACCUACACUCACACCGUUGGCCACAUAUCGAUCUAACGAUUUCUUACCAUACCUUCCGGCGAAUAACAAUCCUUUAGAACCUGGUAAUCCUGAUGCUCAGAUAAGACGUAGAAUGGAACAAGGUGGUGCCAAUUGGCCUUCUAACGUGAACCCUGCACGACUUGCCGUACCUGAUGAAAGUAUUGGAUCACGUGACAACUGGGUAAUCCCAAAAAAUCCUUUCCUGUUUAAUCGGGAGCAAGUUCCGGAUUAUUUUGUUUUGUCACCGACAUACCCAUCAGCUAUCACGGUAGCUCCUCAUCUACUCAGACCUACGACUAGUAAAAGAUUGGAAGGGGAAGGAGCCAUCAUGUUUGUCACGAGACCGAUAGCUCAUACUUCAGCUCAUACUUCGGCUACUACAGAGGCUACUACACCAGAGAUUGUAGUAGAAAAAGAACCGGAACUGCCUGAUAUAAAAAUGCCGUUGCCUGUACCAAUGCUAGAUGCCGAUUUGCAAGGAAAAUUAAACGAAAUUAAAGCCAUCGAAAACAAAUUGCCAAAGGUGGUAGAGAAGUCAUCCGAAGAAGAAUACGAAGACGAAAUCAAAGGUCUUCCAGUUCGCAGGCGCAGAAAUGCAGAGGUUCAUAAUGAACCUUAUCAUGGAAAAAAUGCCAGCCCAGACAAUCUAAAACCUUACACUACACAUGACAAUAAUAACAAAGAUGACAAUGGGAACCAAGUAGCAGAUGAAGAUACUAGUAAUUUUAAAAGCAAACGUAAACAAUCUCUUCUGAACCUUUUGAUAACGACUAUAAAAUUAAAUAAACCAACAUUAGAUGAAGUAACACCAAACGAAAUUCUAACAUCACCAAAAGAUACAAGAGAGUCGUUCGAGAGUAAAAUAGUUUCAAGUAAAUAUGUACCUAAUGAUGAAGUUAUAAGGUUUAAUGUAAAACAGACAACGGUUGGUAAUCAAGAACUGUUGAGUAGUACCGUAAAUCGAAAUGAUGACGUUAGGUUAUUCAAGAAACCAGCUUCAAAGUUUUUUGUUCAUUUGUUAUUUUUGUAG